UUUUGUCACACGCGCCCCUGUAUGGUAGAUCACUAGAACAACUAACUACCUAGGUCGCCCAUAUCGCCUGGCCCUUUUGCCGCUGCUCACUCUUGGGCUUUUCUUUUCUUGCCGCUCUCUUUUCAAUCGCAGUAAUAUUGCGAAUUCAGAGCGUACGUCUGCCUGCCAGCCAGCCAGCCAGCCAUGCUCGCCUUCAAAUCGCCGUCACACUUUGGCCGACGUGAUCAGAGACUGCGAUGCCUGAUCCCCAUAGCCUGCGUGAUCCUGUUUCUGUUUAUCUACGUUGGACCUGGCAUCGACCCUGUCAAGCCGACUUUGGUGCGACUCGAAUCAUGGCAUUCAAACGUGACGAGAACGCCGCAAGACUUUUGGGACGAGUUUGUCGUGAUACUCGCGGCGGCAAGGCCGCAGGUGCAUGGCCCUCGAGGAGUGGACCCGUGGGUGCCAGCGAGAGCGGAUCGAUUCAACUGGGACCAGGCCGAUGAGGUGACGCAGCAAGAUCAAAUGUCGUUGGGUGACGACGAGCUUGAGAGCUUGCGCAUGGGACACUCGUGGCUUGUGGAGAAGAUUCAACAAGGAAAAGUCCAGCUGCCCUAUGUCAAGGGCUCGCGCGGGAUUGUCUACUCUGCGGGUGGUCACUAUCUGGCCAUAAUGAUGGUCUCGCUGAUGAUGCUACGGGACACGGGUUCAGAGCUGCCGGUGGAAGUCUUUUUGAAUUCCGAUUCCGAAUACGAUCCGAUCAUUUGCGACCAAGUGCUGCCGACGUUCAACGCCAAGUGCAUUCUGCUCAGCGACAUUCUCGAGUCGUCGAAGCUGCGGCUGACGUUUUCACACUAUCAACUCAAGAUCUUUGCCGUCUUGUUCUCCUCCUUUGAAGAGAUGCUCUUCCUCGACGCGGAUAAUUUCCCGGUGCGUCUUCCCGACGAUUUGUUCGAAUCCCCCGAAUUCAAGCAGGACGGCUUGAUCCUCUGGCCGGACUACUGGAUCUGCACCACCUCGUCGCACUUCUACACCAUUGCGGGUCUCCCGCCGAGCGCAUCGCGGCGGUAUCCCACCACCGAAGCGGGUCAAAUGGUCAUUUCCAAGUCCCGCCAUGCCGACACGUUGCUUCUGUCGGGCUUCUACAAUGCCUACGGCGACGACUACUACUACCCGCUCCUAUCGCAAGGCGGACCGGGCCAAGGAGACAAGGAGACAUUCCCCGCCGCCGCGCGCGCCCUCAACCACUCGUAUUAUGCCGUGCACACGCUCCCUCAGCCUCUGGGAAGAGCGUCGGGAGAUUUCCAAGGGUGGGCGGUGCUGCAGUAUAAUCCGUCCGACGACUGUCUGGACAACAAUGCCCACUGCAACCCGCCGCGGCCGUUUUUCGUCCAUGUCGGAUGGGGCAACAAGCUGAACCCGUUCCGCCAAGACGAACGCGAUUACCGCAUCUUUGGCAGUGAGGAAUUCUUGCGGCACCUCUUUGGCAAAGACCUCGAGAAGCUGGCCUAUCAGAAGAUGAUCCACGUGGCUUGCGAGAAACGCUUCUUCUUCCACAAUGUGGAGAAUCCAGGCGACGCCUGUCAACGGUUGAAACGCAUCUACGAAGCCGUCUUCAAAUCCACAUACGAACCUAACACUAUCGCCGCUGCUCCUCAAAAGAGUUCAUAGUGGACCUCAUAGUCGAGAGACCUCUUUUACGUUUCUAUUCAUGUCACCGCCUAAUCCACAUGUUCUGCAUGAUUCUCUUACGCCUU